UUAGGUUGCCUCCCCUUUUCCCCCUUUCGCUACCCGCCCACACCCUGGGCGUGGUUCGGGGCGAGGAGGAAAGCCCCUGAGGAAGCGCCGCUUUCCGGCCGCAUCCGCACUUGUGACAGGGCGGCCCCUCCCUCUCCCGGCGGCGGCCGAAGCCUCGAGAAAGGGGCCGAGCUCGGCCUGCCCUCCUGGCUCUGAGCGGGUCCGGCGCGUGCUCCGCCGGCAGUUCUGGUAUGAGUUGCUAAAACCAUGGUGAAAUGUUGCUCGGCCGUUGGAUGUGCUUCUCGCUGUUUACCAAAUUCCAAGCUAAAAGGACUGACAUUUCACGUAUUCCCCACAGAUGAAAACGUCAAAAGAAAAUGGGUAUUAGCAAUGAAAAGACUUGAUGUGAAUGCUGUAGACAUUUGGGAGCCUAAAAAAGGAGAUGUGUUGUGUUCAAGGCACUUUAAGAAGACAGACUUUGACAGAAGUACUCCAAAUAUUAAACUGAAACCUGGAGUCAUACCCUCUAUCUUUGAUUCCCCAUCUCACUCACAGGGGAAAAGAGAAAAUCUUCAUUGUAGGAAAAACUUCACCCUCAAAGCCCUUCCAGUCACAAACCACAAUCACCAGCUUGUUGGUGCUUCCUCGUGUAUCGAAGAAUUCCAGUCCCAGUUCAUUUUUGAACAUAGCUACAGUGUGAUGGACAGUCCAAAGAAACUUAAGCAUAAAUUAGAUCAAGUGAUCAGCGAGCUAGAGGAUACCAAGAAAAGUCUGCGGAAUGUUUUAGGCCGAGAAAGACGUUUACAAAAAUCAUUGAGGAAGACAAUCAGGGAAUUAAAGGAUGAAUGUCUCAUCAGCAAAGAAACAGCAAAUAGACUGGAAGCUUUCUCUUGGGAGUGGUGUCAGGAGAGCAUAGAACAAGACUAUAUUUCAUGAAAUAAUUUCAUGUUAUGUUCUACCUAAAAUUGUUAUUGGUACAGCUUUUCAGAAAAUGAUUACCAUCAUUAAAUAAUAUCUGUCAUUUAGAGUGCUUCUUUGGAUCCUCCGCAGCAUUACGCAUUAGUGUUAUUAUCCAAAGGCUUUUUUUUUUUUAAGAUGUGCAGAAAUUUGUGCUGGUUGUCAUGUUAUUGGGUGACUUGUGACAAUUAUGUUUUUAUAGACCUAAACUAGUGCCAGGUCACUAUUGUAAGAUGUUAAAAAUCAAGAAGAUUCUGUAGGACUAAGGAAAUGAUUUCAAAUCAGCCACAUUAAGCUGUAAUAGUAGAAACUGGACACUUUAGCAGCAUCAGAUUUUUGGCUUCAAAGGAGUACCUUUGCUUAUGUAGGCUUUAUGGUAAGUACGUUGAAUUGUACUUUAACUGUAUUUUACCACAAAGCAGAAUUCAUUUAUAACACAUGUCCAUCUUGGAUCCAAUCCAAGGUUCUUUUGUUAUCAGUAAUACCAAAAGAUCUUUUUACAGGGCAUCCCAUGGUACUGACCUUGAGAACAACAUAUGGUGCAGAUCUUUUGGCUUUUAAAGUUGUUCAGAGCCAAGUUAAGAAGACCCCUGAUGAGGUCUUGUUUUUUCGGUACAGUACAUCAUUUCUCCUCACUAGGAGUACUUUGAUGUAAACCAGCAUAGCUUUAACAAAUUUUUAAAGAGGGUCAUAAAUCUGAUUUUCAAAUGGUUACUCUGACGGUUCUGAACAGUUUGUUUCAUGACUGUUAUUUCAUCAUAAAGGUGUAUCUUCAAAAUCUGAAUGCCAGUAGUAACUGGAUACUUUCAAUGCUGUUUUGUAUUUUACAGAAAGUAGUGUUACUAACGUUUUUUAAAAUACGAAAUGCAGAAGAAACCAUUAAAAAUAAUGAUGUGGCUCUUCUAGUUAAAAUAGGAAUUGGAGAGAGAGUUAUAAUAUUUUCCUUUAAUUAGGAGAGUAGAUUACUAUCCAAGAGCUUUUAUUUAGAGAAUUGGAUAAGUAAACAGCAAUUUUACAAUAGCUUCUUACUGAAUUUACAAAAGAAUAACUCUUAGUUAUUUUCUAAUUAAUCCAAGGGUCAGAAAUUUAGGUUUAUCUCCUAAUUUGUUAGUAAAAACAACUGAAAUGAAGAGUCAUAAACACUGUGGAUCAGAAUAAAAUUACUAGCCCAAAGCCAAAUUCUACUUUGAAGCAUGUGUACAUUCAUGAACUUCAUUCACAUGUCCAUGCUAUAAUAGUUACAGUUUGAAUAUCAGUUAUUUCAAUGUGUUAACUAAAAAUGAGCUGCAUUUUUUGCUAAUGUUCAUUGUAAUUUUAUUUGUGUUACAUUAAUAUCAGUAAGGAUAUGGUCACUUGAAUUUUUUUAUAUUUAAGAAUUUUCUGUUUUAACGCACGUUACAUUUUUAUGUAGGAUUCCAAACCUUCCCUCUAAAUGGGAUUUUACCCACAUUUGAAAGAUUAGCAUUAUGCUAAGAAGAAAUCAUGGAGGUCCUAUCGUUUUACUACCUUAAAAAAAACCUCAUUACCUACCCAUUAUUUAUUUGAGUUAUUUAAUUUUGAAUUCAUAGUGGACACUCUAAUGGGAAGUUUGGGUAUGAUCUUAAGUUUUAUGGAGAUUCUGUGAUAGAGGUGGAGACUCUUUCCCUCAACCUGUUUUUGAGCAAAAAAAAAAAUUAAA